AUGGGUUUUAGGGUUUUGCUCUCAGUGAUGGUUCUCACCUCUUGCUUCAUGGUGAAUGUGUUCGGUGGUGAUGAUCUUGAUCUUGUGAGCUGGACACAGGCUCCACACCACGCGCCGUCGUACCCACCGGUGGGAGCUCCACCGCCGCACCACCAUCACAAGGGUCCAGGUGGUCACCACCACAAACCUGCUGUUCCCCCCACCGCUCACCCACCAACUGUGGCUCCUGUUCACCCACCAAUCAAGACUCCGGUUGCCCCACCCACCAAGGCUCCGGUUGCCCCACCUACCAAGGCUCCGGUUGCCCCACCCACCAAGGCUCCGGUUGCGCCGCCCACCAAAGCUCCGGUGAAACCACCCACCAAGGCUCCGGUUAAGCCACCAACCAAGGCACCUGUCCACCCACCAAUUCACUCACCGGCUCCGAAGCACGCACCACUUCCGACACGGAGGCAGGUGGCGGUUCGCGGUGUUGUUUACUGCAAAGCUUGCAAGUACAAGGGGGUGGAUACACUCAUGGCUGCUACUCCUCUUCAGGGAGCUGUGGUACUCUUAACAUGCAACAACACCAAGUACCCAUUGAGGGUUAAAGCUACAACCGAUAAGAAUGGCUUCUUCUUCAUUAUGCCACCUAAGACGUUGACCACCUAUGGGGCCCACACAUGUAGGGUCACUUUGCUAUCGUCACCAAAGGCUACAUGCAACCAACCCACCAACUUACACUACGGUCUCAAGGGUGCCACCCUGGUCCUGACCCCCAAGCCACAUGGCUCGAGCCUACCAGCGGCGCCACCGCUCCCCUUCGAUGUGUUCACCGUGGGUCCGUUUGCAUUCGAAGCAUCUAAGAAGACACCAUGUACCCAUUAAAAUUUAGAGGGACUGAUUUUGUCAAGAAUAAAAGUUCAGGGGUGUGAAGGUUAUGAUUAGAAUUAUCUUUUAUUUUAUUUGGAAUUUAGAUGUUUGAGGGGUAGUUUGGUAAUUUCAUGAAAGGAGGGCUUUUUGGUAUGUGGUACUAUGGUAAUAAAUGUGGAGUAAAAUCUACUUUUCAACC